AUGUCUCGGAAAACUUCUUUAGCUUCGGAGGUAAAAGAACAAAAUAUUAACGAAGAGACUAAUGUUAAACCUAUUGUGACAACUGAUACACAAAACACAUCUAAUGAUGUAAUUGAGAUUCAUACACCAUUCUAUGAACCACUUACCAAGGAAGAACUUGCUAAAGUAAAUGUUGAACAUAAAAAGGCCCCUAAAAAGGAAUAUCUCUGGAAGCUAAUUAGAUGCAAAUAUAUGUUGACGAUUAAGCUAUGCGAUGAAUGUCAAAAUCGUUUGUUCUCGAUGCAAGACAAAUUUGUACGAUAUGCAUCAGGAGUUACAUUAAAAAUCGACUUGUGCAAUAAAUGCAUAGAUACUAACUGCCGAGCUUCAGAUGUUUUGGCUCCAUUUAGAGAAGCUGGAUCUAAACGCAAGGCCAAUUGA